AUGGCUGCUGCUCGACCAAUAGCUCCUGGGAGGCUCUUGCAUUUGCUAAGUCUGAGAAGGCAAAUCCAAAACGUUCAAGACAGACAUGUCAUAUUGAUGGCCUUACUCAUCCGUAGACGUCAAAGGCAUGCAAGGCAAAGAAGAAGAUGGUGGGUCAAACCCUGGAUUGAGAGACGUGUGCUGUUUGGACAGUAUGAUAAUCUGAUGACGGAGUUGCAAAGAGAAUGUCAGGAUGACUUCCUGAACUACAUGAGGAUGCCACCAGAAACGUUCCUUGAACUGUUGCAGCGCAUCACUCAGAGGAUAGAGAAGUCCUAUUGCUACCGGCAGCCACUGGAUCCUGGGCUCAAACUGGCCAUCACCUUGAGAUAUCUUGCGACCGGCAACAGCUACAAAACCCUUCAGUAUGCCUUCCGUGUUGCCCAUAAUACCAUCUCUCUGUUUAUACCAGAGGUGUGCCAGACCAUCAUCAGUGAAUACCAAGAUGAAGUAUUUUCCUGUCCAAUUACCCCAGAUGAAUGGAGAGAAGUGGCCCGGACUUACGCUGACAGAUGGAACUUUCAUCAUGUCUGCGGAGCCUUGGACGGAAAACACGUGGCCAUCAGAAAUCCACCAGGCUCUGGUACGAUCUACUACAACUACAAGGGUUUCUACAGCCUCAUCCUCUUGGCUCUAGUUGAUGGCAAUUACAAGUUCCUCUGGGCUGACGUUGGUAAUCCCGGUUCAUCAUUGGAUGUCCAGGUCUUCAACCACAGCCCGCUGAGACGUGGACUGGAGAAUGGUACUCUUGGCCUGCCAGAUCCAGAGCCCCUGCCAGAUGAUGACCGAGACAUCCCUUACUUCUUAAUUGGGGACGACGCCUUCCCUUUCAGGACAUGGAUGCAGAAGCCGUACUCCAAUCGUGAGCAGACCGACGAGGAGAGAAUCUUCAACUACCGUCUCUCGAGGGCUUGCCGUGUGGUGGAGAACAGCUUUGGCAUCCUUGCCCAUCGCUGGAGAUGCUUGUUAAGUACCCUAUAG